AUGUCCAAUAUAGGUCCACCCCGAGAGGGAGUUCCCAGUCCCACAGAGGUGCACGACUUCUUUUCCUUUUGUGUUGAAAAGCAGCAACAGGAGGGGGACAGUGGUGGUAUUUCAGAGUCAUGGGGCCGCCAGUUCGUGGUAGAGUACAUGAGUGACUCUAAGUUGACAGGCUUCCAGUCUCUGCUCAACUUCUGGCAUGAGAGAUAUGGAGCUCCAGGUGUGGAGUUCAUGGGACUACAUGAGGAGAAUGCUGCUGUAACACAGGUGCACUUCAUGCCUUACCAGGUUGAAAUGGUAACUUUGCUGGAUGACAACAGUUUACACAUGUGGACUCUGAGAGGCCACAAAGGAUUGUCCGAGCUCCUAGAGGUCGGACGCUUCAUGCUCACUGGACCUCCGGGGGCACCCCCAAGUGUGACCAGAGUAACCUCAGUGCUGGCACACUCUUCAGGAGAGCUGCUGCUGUUGGGGACAGAAGGAGGACACUUGUUUGUUGUGGAAGUGCCAGGAUUCAGAGAGUUAGAGGAGAGGAACAUCAGCCUGGACCAAGUCUCCAACAGCGUACCUGGUGACUACAUUGGUCGAAGGAAUUUGGAACAUGUGGAGGCUCUCCAUGAGAACCCCACCAACCCCAGUCAGGUUGUUAUAGGAUUUGGUCGAGGUCUCAUGGUCAUCUGGGACUUGGACAAGCAGUGUUUCAUCCAGCACAUUCCUGCUACGCAGCAACUGGAGAGCAUGUGGUGGACUGAAGAUGGAAGCUACAUCUUGAGCUCUCACAGUGAUGGCAGCUACUGUAGGUGGAGGGUGGGGGGUUGGGACGAUGAUGAUGAGGAGGAGGAAAAAUCAGACAUUCCUUAUGGACAUUUCCCCUGCAAGGCUAUUACAAAAAUUGUUCAGCUCCCCACUGCAGAAGGGCCUCCAUUCCUGCUGUUCAGCGGUGGCAUGCCUAGGGCCAGCUAUGGGGACAGGCACUGUAUCACCGUGAUCCACAGCAAAACCCACGUGGCCUUGGACUUCACCUCCAGAAUCAUUGACUUCUUCGUCAUCAGAGAUGGACCGGAGCACACAGGAUCUGGCAUCCACAUACUGUAUGCAUGA